AUGCUACCAAUCGAGUCAGAGGCGUCUGGCAACACGUCUGGCCCUUGGUGGUCCGUCCCGUCUCUGAGAUGUUUCGAAGGGGCGCUCUCUAUCUCGGAAAAUAUGAAUCUGGGGUCGAAAAAUGUUGCACAGUACAAAAUCAUCCAUGUGCGCGUUCAAACAAUCCAAGAUCCCUUGCCGUUCAUAAACUCAGGCUACAGAAUCUUCAUUGACUUCCAAUCGAGGCUCCAGUACAUGUCCACUGGCCGUCUUACCUACAGUAUCACGUCGAGCGUGUUCUGGAAACGGACAAGAAUCGCUCUAGAAGGAGCUCGUAUCCGUCUCAGAGGUGUAAUUACGCCAUCCACUGCUGGUGCUGGUGCUGGUACUAGUGCUGGUGCUAUUCCUAUCUAG